UGUUUCUCAGUGUUAGCAGGUUUAUUAGCCGUUUGAGCGCUAAUAAAGAGUAUUAAACAGUAUUACAGAGUCCGGGUUGGGGUAAAUAUAUUAGUAAAAAUGUGUAUGUUAUAUGAGAAACUGUAUAAAUGUGAUUUAACCGGCGGAGAGAGCGUACCUGCGCUUAUUAUUAUUAUUAUUAAUACUCCCCCAGCGUCGAAUUAGUUUAAGCAGACCUCAGCGGGCAGAAGCGAUCAUGGGCAGACUGGAUGACGCUGCCAAGCGUAAGGUAGUGGAGCUGCGAGAAGCAGGCCUGAGCUUCCGCAAGAUCAAAGCUGUCCUGGAGCUGGAGAACAUCAAGGUGUCUGCACAGGCCAUCUACCUCUUCCUGAAGGAGUUCCACGGGAGGACCCGGCCGAAAGACUCCGUCCCCGGCGGCAGUGGACCCUCACCGGCUUCGGGGCUGGCUCUGGCGAGGGAGGUGGGUCUGAGCGAAGUGAGGCAGAGCGGCUGGAACGAGCAGCAGCUGAGGAGUCUCCUGCGAGAGGCAUCUCGCGUCACAAGCUACCCGUCCCCUACAGACUCUUCAGGGAAGAUCGGGGUUCCUCAGGAGACCAGGGGACAGUCCUCUGGGACGGGGAAGGGGGGGCAGGAGCAGCAGCAGGAGGGGGACGGGAAGGACGAGGACGUUCGCAUCGUCAGCGUCACCUCGCUGGUGCAGAACGCCCAGCAUGAGGGCAUUAAUACAGUGCGCUCAGGGAUUAGUGCAGGAACUAUGGCUACGGCUUUUGCACGGAGAAGAUUCACGCCCUCUCCAGCCAAUCCGGUUCUCGUGGCUCGGAAGAGACUCCUGGAUAAGGCUCUGUUACACAGGGCGAGGGUAAGGGACAGUGGACCUCAGACCAGCCCACAGGCAGUAUCGUUACUGAGGAAUCAGUCUUGUUUCACUGGCGCUGAUGGAAGGAAAGUCAUGUUACCUCAAGCAGCUUCAUUUGAGAUCUCAACAACCCGACCUCCUAAUGUGAGAGGUCUUCACCCGGGGGCCAGCCUUUUCCGACGAGGACUUCUCCAAAGGGGAAACCUGCCCACUCGCUCCCCUCAGCAGCAGCAGCAGCAGCCUCGCGUCGGCAUCCGGCUCCCGACCCCGACCCAGUCGAGUCCCACCCCCCAGAACCCAAACUCCUCGAUCCGGGCCCCGGCUCCGCCCAGCCAGCCCUCUCCUCCGUGUCAGCAGAGCGGCGCUGACACGGCGGCGCCCAGCGGCCUGCAGGAGCAGGUGAAGAGCCUGGCCUCGGAGAUCCGCAGCCUUGGGCUGGCGCUGCGGGUGAUCGUGGAGCAGCAGGGCCGGCUGGAGAGGGAGCAGAGCCAGCAGACGCAGGUCCAGAAGCAGAUCCUCAGCACCCUGCAGGAGGUAGCGUCAAAACUGGGUCCCUGCAGCCUUCAGCACCCUCCAGCUUCCACCGUGCCCCCGUGCCCGUUCUCCUCCACCAGCCAGAGCAUCUACACCUCCUGCAGUCAGGCCCAGCCGAGGUUCAGCGAAAUCGACGGGUCUGCGCUGGAGAACAUCGAGCAGUUUUCUCUGGACAGCCUUGGCUCCGCCUCCAUCAACGGCUUCCAGCCGUGUAGCACCUCAGACACUCUGACCUUCACCCAGACCCACACGCCAUCCUUCACCCAGACCCACACGCCAUCCUUCACCCAGACCCAGGCUCAGACCUACACGCCGGACGGGCUCUCCUACACACAGUCCCACACAGACACCUUCACAGGGCUGGACAACAAGUCUGUGGAAAUGGCCUCCACCAGCACAGACCCAACUUUCCAAACCAGCAGCUCUUCAGCCCAGGCCUCGGCCCCGCCCAUCUCCCCCCACGACGCCCAGCUGACCAUCAUCAAGGUGGAGAACGUUUAGAGAACGUUAAGGGAACAGUUUGCUCUUCAUACCUUAAGAGUUAAAUAAAUGAAGAGUUAAAUAAGUGAAGAUGAUUGGUCUUGACGUCCUGCAACUUCAUUUAAAUAUUUUUUUUUGUGGGUACCACUUUAAAAUAAGGCUCCUUUAUAAAGGGUUUAUGAAGAGUUCAUGAAUGGUUUUAAAUUAAUAUUUAGCAAGUACAUAAAGAAAACAUAAAGAGAAAGGGAUACUGUAGCCUGAAGUUUGCCAAAUAGUGAUUCAGUUUCCACAUUCAUUUAUUUAUUUUCAUACAAUACCAGUUUAAAAUCAGGACACACAUUAAAUACAGUGGGUAUCUUUUCAUCAUUAUUUAAAAGUGUUAUACAUUGUGGAUUAAUACUAAACUCAUUCAAACUAUAAAGAAAAAUAUAUGCAAUUAAUUAGCAAACAAAUGUGAAUAUGUUUUAAGAUUUUAUGGCUUUCAGUUAACAGCUGUGCUGAACUCGUCAAGAGUUUAAUACUUGAAUUUCUUGCCUCUUAAUUUUAAGGUUUGAGAGCAUCAGUUGUAAGUAGUUAAGAGGUAGGCUGCGUCCAGAAACCCCAAAAAUCUCCUCCGUGACCCAGAAACUGAUUUCGUGACGCCAUCUUGCCGCCUGUCCAAAAACCGUAGGAGACAAAAGUAGCCGCUUAAAAUCCUCCUGUAGGAGGCUUCCAACGGAGGGUACAUCAGUGCAUCCUACUCCGGUAGACUUUUAGGGAUUUUCGAAUGACGUCACUGCAUCCACGCCCACAGAGCACGCGAAAAUGGGGAAGGCAACGCCCAAAUAUACGUCAUAAACAUAUUAAUUAACUAGGUUCCUUAUCUAAUUAAACAGUCAGUAAAGCAGUGAUAUAAUUUAUAGUUUAGAUAAGCUGUAUGUUCAGUAAAAGUAUAUUAAUGAUCCCAUAUGUAACAUGUUGUUGUACAUGUACACAUCACUUCAACAUGUAUGAAAAAUAUAAUAUUUAUUAUUAUAUUUAUUAUUUAUUAAUUUGUUUUUUUGUUUUAUUACAUUCAGUGAAAUCAAGUCAAGUCAUUUCACUAUUAAAAUAAUUUAAUAUUUACAUAUGCAAAUCAGGCUGUUCUUUAAAGCUUAAUAUGCUUGUUAAAGUUAUGAUCUCUAGAAUUUGGAAUUGUGUUUAUUGAUCUCUCAUUUUAAUUUUUGUAUGCGGAGCUCGAUCCAGAAGCUGUGAUUGGCUGUGCAGUAUUCAUGUGCUGAAAGUGAGCGUUGUGAUUGGCUCAGUUCAUCGGUAGUCAACGUCCUAUCUAAAAGGGAUCAGCUGUCCCAUUUCCCCAGUUACAGCUCCUUCCCUCCAUUCCUCUUCCUCCUCUCCUCUCCUUGAUUCCUCCACCUUCUUCCAGGGUAGGAGAGGAGGAGUAGCAAAAGUUUCUGUACGCAGCCGUAGAGUUACAGGUAUACAGUGAAUAGUGAAUAUUUGAGUAAUGUUCUAAUCCAGAUUAUGAGAAGCAACAACUACUCAACUAAAUAAAGAAAAAAAAACAGUACAGUCACAAAACAGACCAUCAAAAAUGUUAUGAUGAUGAAACUGGCACUCAUCAGGAGCAUCCCAGGAGAGUCCAAGAGGAGCAUAAGUUUCCUCUGUUGUACAGGAUAAGUUCACCAGAGUUACCUGCCUCAGAAACCACAAGUUAACAGCAUCUAAAUGCUUCUUCACAGAGUAUUUUAGCUUGUUUAACACUGAUUUUAAGUUACUAAAUGAUUCCUUAUGUGUCCUUCAUAGUCUGAUAGAUCACUUUACUAUUCAUUUAAGUACCCAGAUUUAUUUAUUUAUUCUUAUUUAUCCAGUAAUCAUAAUUGUAUGUAUACUAACAUAUUAAAUGACUAAACUGACUGUUAUUAAUUAUGUUAAAAAAAGAUGUUUUUAUAAAGGAGUCUUAUUUUAAAGCGGUACCCUUUUGUGGAUACGCUAAUGUGGUCUUCCUUAAAAUAGGCUUCACCUGAGAGUGAAUCAUUGUCAGUAGUACUGUAGCUGCAGCCAUAGUGGACUGUGUGAUACCUUUGGCUGUUUAAUUUCCCUCCUCUUCUUUAUUUUAUGCUUGCAAUAUAUAUUUUUUACUGUAAUGUAUUUUUUAAAACUGUUAUUGUAUUUACCAAAAGUCAAACUCAGAUCACCCAUUGCUAAUAAACUGUGUGUUCAUUUACACUCACUGACAACAAAAA